AUGAAAGAAUUUUGGGAAUUACAAGAUGCCAUUUUAGCAACUUUUGGUGAAGAUGAACCUGAAAUACCCGUUCUUCGAGCUAAAAAUAUCACACAAACUUCAAUUAUUCUUGAAUGGGAUCCUCUUAUUUUACAUACAGCUAAACUUCGUUCACUUGAUAUUUAUAAAAAUGGAACAAAACUAGCUCAACAUGUACCGAAUGAUAUAAAUUUUAUUAAACUAUCUGGAUUGGAUGUAGAUCAUGAAUUCGAAUUUCAUAUUAUAAUUAAAACAACAUCUGGCGAAUAUAAAUCAAAUAUAGUAAAUGCACGUACACAUAAAAUGGAUAAUUUGACAGGUAUUCGUGUGGCAUUUGGUACGUUUGAGGAACCAGAACCAGCUAUUACAGGGUUAAAGGAAUUACUAUCAAAAAUGGGUGCAUCAUGGUCUGAUGAAGUCAACGUAGAAACAACUCAUUUAUUAGCUCAACUUCCAGGUGGAACAAAUUAUGAGCAUGCUGUUCAACAUUCCAUACCUAUAGUGAAACCCGAAUGGUUAGUCCAAUGUGAUAGAAAUAAAAAAAUUCAGCCUGCUCUGCCUUAUUAUAUCGUGAAUAUAGUAAACAAUGAUUAA